AUGCCUCGCGAAAACAAAAAGCGAGGUCGCCGCGAGGAGGCCAAAAAUAAGCGAAAACACGAAGAAGGCGAUUCACAGACUUCGAAACGAUUCAAAGCCGCCGACCAACAUGAGGAUGCACAAAUCGACCAAGUCGAUGUCAGAGGGAAUGCUGGCGACGACUUUAUAAGUUUUGGGCCUUCCCAUGGUGACGAUUAUCCUCAGGAACUCCAGGGAGAGGAUCAAUUCCACGGUCUUCUCGAUCCCCAAGAACAGGAAUACUACUCAAAUGUGAACGGCAAAAUUGUUGCGAAUGACUUCGAGUCGGAUGAAGAUCGUGCAAUCUUCAUCGAGGCAGUAUAUCGAGAAACAGAAGGCAAAGAGCUCAAGGUAGCCUCUAGCCAGUCUUGUUCGAGAUACUUGGAGAAAAUCAUCAUGUUGUCGACCUCCGAUCAGCUGCGAAGACUUUUCAGCAAGUUUCUCGGCAAUCUCACGUAUCUUGUCCGUCAUCGAUUCGGCAGUCACUGUUGCGAGACGCUGUUCUUAGAGACAGCACAGCGAAUUGGUGUAUCACAGCGAGAAAGUGAUGACGAAGACAACCUACCUACGAUUGAGCAACUAUUCUUACAGGCCGCAGAGGAGUUAAAGCCCAAUCUUGGAUUUCUUCUAACGGAGAAAUUCGCGUCUCAUACCCUCCGAGUGCUGUUUCUUGUUUUGUCGGGCGAGCCGCUGGAUGACGAAUCGACCAAGACGAUUCUUGCCAGCAAGAAGAAAGAAAAGCUGGAAGCCCCGGUGCCGAAGGCCGACAGCAAUACCGGAUCAAAGAGGCGUGUACCCAAAUCAUUCAACAAGGCGCUCGCGGAAACCAUUGAGGGCUCGGUCUCUUCAAUUGACACCACAUACCUCAGAGCACUCGCGACGCAUCCCACCGGAAAUCCUGUUCUGCAAUUACUAUUGAGACUGGAGUUGACGUUGUAUGGGAAACAGCACCAGUCGGAGAAGAUGUCCGUGUUCAAGAAAUUGUUACCCGACGAGGAUCUCGAAGAAGAGUCCGAGAGCGCCAAGUUCAUUUCCGGGUUGAUAUACGACCCAGUCGGUUCACACCUGGUGGAAAUCCUUGUCGUGCACCUGUCCGGCAAGACCUUCAAGAAACUCUACAAGAACGUUCUGAAAUCCCGUCUCAAGAGCAUGUCCAGGAAUGAGACGGCAAGCUAUGUGGCGAUCAAGAUUCUGGAACGACUAGGCAAGGACGAUCUCCAGGAAGCGAAGGAGAUGAUCAUGACCGAAGUCCCUGGCUUGGUACAGCGGCGAAGGCUUGGAAUCAUCAAGGUCCUUGUGGAACGCUGUACAGUGCGCCACGUAGAUCUGAACGACGUCGCCGCACUCAUUGAAUCUGGAGUUGGAGAUGACAAGACGACUUUCCUUCCGAGAUUGCUGGGAAUGGAAAUCUCAAAAGAGUCUACUGGAGCGGAGGCGGACGCCGAACGGAAAAAAUCUGCUCCAGCCCAAAAGGCAGACGUACACGCCUCGCUACUCGCUCAGGCGAUGCUGCAGACUCCCUCUGCACGCCAACCAAUCCACGACAGCCUGCUUGCAGUCGAAAUUUCGUUCUUGGUUCAGAUGUGCAAGGACCCAGCUGCGUCCCGACUCAUCCAAGCCGCCCUCGCUCCUACCGACACAAACGCACAGUUCCGACGACAGUUCAUACCUCGGUUCCACGGCCACAUCGUCGAUAUCGCGCAGAACCUCAGCGGCUCGUACGUGGUCGACCUUCUCUGGUCGGCAACUGACGGGCUCUUUUUCCUCAAAGAGAAAAUCGCAAGGGAACUCGCAGACGACGCAAGCCAGCUUAGAGAGUCACCGGUCGGUAGAAACGUUUGGAGAAACUGGGCUAUGGACAUGUACUCGAGACGGCCAGGCGAAUGGCGAGCUCUGGCAAAGGGCCAGACAAAGGCGGCGACGGCUUCAGACGAAGCUGCGGCGUCGAGGGAAGAAAGGAAUGGACACCCACAGCCUCAGCAGCAGCAGCAGCAGCAGCAGCAGAAGAAAAAGUCCGGCCUCGAACUGGCGCGGGAAAGGUAUGCGCAGAAACAAAUGCACGGAGCAAAGCAGAAGACUCCGGCGACGUCUGCGAAUGCCACCAUUGUGCGGACGAAUGCAUAG